AUGGCUGAACGUUUUCGACGACGAGAUAGUUUGACCGAUUUGCAUGAUGCUGUUCUCAAGAAUUCGAUAGUAGAACUACAGAGUCACAUUCACAAUGGUGUUCCGCUCGAUGUUACUGAUCAUGAAGGGAAAACAGCGCUGUAUUAUGCAUCUGAAAAAGGCUAUUUGUCUCUUGUUGAAGUACUCGUAAAAAAUGGAGCUGACAUGGAGAUAGUGAACAUAAAUGGAUCAUCCUGCCUUUGGGAAGCAUCUCAUCGUGGUUACGAUCAAAUAGUUUUGUAUGUUUUAAAAAGUGGUGCUAAUCCAAAUUCACAAGCCGACGAUCAGACAACAGCGCUCUAUUGGGCGUCAUAUAACGGUCACGCUAAAUGUGUUUACUAUUUAACGCGCUUCAAUGCUGAUCCAUCACAGACAAAGAAUACAGGCGCCAGUGCUUUGUUUGUUGCCGCUCGAAACGGCCAUCAUUGCAUAGUAAAGCACUUGCUAAAAUGCGGCGUAGAUGCAAAUCUCUGCCAACAAGAUAUGCGGAGCCCUAUACACACGGCACUUCUUUAUCAUCGAAAACGAUGUGUUAAAUUUUUGUUAAAGUGGAAUGUUUGUGUGACGAAUACUGACAUGUAUGGCUUGUCGGUUCUUCACUUUGCAGCCAAAUGCGGAAAGCUCAAAGCAGCAAGGAUUAUUUUAAAUCAUCUCAGGCGCCAUAACCUGCUAGAUACAGAUGCGUCGGAUAAUUUUGGAAACACUUGUCUUCAUCUGGCUGUUGUUUACGGUAACUAUAAGCUAGCCUGCUAUUUUAUCUCAAAAGGUUUCAAUAUAAAUAAGCAAAACAUUCAUGGCUGGUCGCCGCUACACAUGGCGGCGAUGGUCGGGAAUGAUUCUCUAUUAAAACAUAUGCUUGAGAAGAAAGCUGAUUGUUCGCUGGUCACGCGACAAAACGAGACGGGACAUCAGAUCGCCGGUCGAUAUCGUCGACAUUCGUCUGUUCAGCUAUUUCUGCCAAGUGAGCAGCUAUCAGUUGAUCCAUUAUUGAAUGUUAACACACUUCGAGACUAUUUGAGCCUGUUGUCAGUAACUAACACAAUCGGUGUUAUUAAAUACACGGAUGAGGAACAGUUGAUAAAAGAGGAAGUAGAAACAUACGUCAAGCAUCUUCUGAUUCAUGUCGAACAUUUGAAUUCCAUAUUCAAAUGUGAAAUAAUUCCGAGCGGUAGUUUCUAUGAGUACACACGUGUUGGUUUUCCGACUGAAUUCGAUUUUAUGAUUAAUCUCAUUUGGUUUGGAAGAAUAUGUGAAUUUCAACAACUCGAAGAGGAUCCAGCUGGUUUUGGUCGAUUAUUGGUAACGAAUGAUAAGACACACAAAGAACUGGAGCAGUAUAUCGAGCCAAUAACUCAAUGUCUAUCUUCCGAAAAGAUAAGAAAACGUUUUUAUCAACUGUUGACAUCAGCAAGAAGUCACGUAAUACGGAAAGAAUCAACCUGGAUGGCCGUCGUCAGCCAACAUUCCAUGUCCUGUAGAUAUUCUUAA